CUAAUCAAAGCGCCAGAGAACGAGUGAGAGAAAGAGAGAGAGAGAGAGAGGUCAACACCGGCCACGAGAGAGCCAGAGAGAACGAGAGAGAAAGCUCGCGUGGGGUUUCAUGGCGGUGACGGCGUGCACGGCUACUGCCGUCCUUGGUGGCGUCAGACUAUCUCCGGUGUUCUCCGUUUCUCGCUACCCAUCACCUUCUUUCGUUGUCCCUCGCCGUCCUAUCGCUUUUUCCGGAGUGAAUCUCUCAGACGCUCGCAGGUUCUCAUCCCUUAAGAUAAGAGCUUCCUCGGAUGAGUCUUCUAGCUCCAUCCAAGGUGAUGAGCUGCUGGGUGAUUUGAAACAGAAGUGGGAUUCUCUCGAGAACAAGUCUGCUGUUUUCAUCUACGGAGGUGGUGCAAUAGUUGCUAUUUGGUUGUCCUCUAUUGUUGUUGGUGCUAUCAACUCUGUUCCGCUGCUACCAAAGAUCAUGGAGUUGGUGGGUCUUGGAUACACAGGAUGGUUUGUUUAUCGCUACCUAUUAUUCAAGUCCAGCAGAAAAGAAUUAGCUGAUGAUAUCGAAGAUUUAAAGAAGAAGAUCGCCGGAACUGGUGAAUAGCUUGGCUAUUCUGAUGAUAGAGGCUCAAAAACACUCCUUUAGAUGGCUUGUAUAAGAGACAAUAGCUAUUGUGUAUUGUAAUCUUUGUUUUAUAUCUUGUAUCAAGUUCUUGUUCACCAUUCUGUUGUCUAUUUCCAAUGAGCAAUUUUUCAAAAUGAAGAACUGUAAUCCUUCUUUUAUUUUUAGUGCUAAUGCAUUUGGUCUUUAUA